AGAGAGGAUGGCGUCAGGGUCCGACGGCGUCUCCCCACCAGCGAGAAACCCGAGAGAAUCCCCAAGGUUGCCGGCUGCAGGUCACGGAGCGGGGAGGAAAGCUGGCCCGCGCGUCUCUUCCUUCCCCUGUUCUCCCUCUAUUUACAAAGGAAGUUUGUAAUCGGUAACAAAACAGUCUGAUCGCCGCCACCACUCCGACCACGUCCUCCUCCUGUGCUUGGCGGGAACAUUUCCCCUGCUCUGCCGAAAACUGAAUCCCUACAUGCGAAGUGGAAGGAUGACGGAGGCGUGGCAGCAGCAGCAUGCAGUGGCUCCACCCUCGGUCGUGCACACCCUCCCCCAGGCUACCGACAACCCCCUGGGCUGUGCAGUGUACGGGGUUGUGCUGCAGCCCGAUUCGGCUUUGCAGCAACCCCAGCACAACCAGCAUGGCCAGCAGCAUUCUGUGCCAGCCCAGCAGCCCUCCCUACAGGUAGGGGGCGAAAGAGGCCACAAGUGUGGCGCCUGCGGCCAUGACAUCUCCCACCUGGCCAACCCCCAUGAGCACCAGUGCAUGGUGAGCCAAGACCGCUCUUUCCAGUGCACCCAGUGUAUGAAAAUCUUCAGCCAGGCCACAGACCUGCUGGAGCACCAGUGUGUGCAAGUGGAGCAGAAGCCCUUCGUGUGCGGCGUUUGUAAGAUGGGCUUUUCCCUACUCACCUCUUUGGCCCAGCAUCAUAAUUCACACGGCAAUGGAAACAACCCAAUGAAGUGCUCCAUCUGUGAGAAGACCUACCGCCCAGGGUCUGGCAACGUCACCCCGACCUCCUCGGCUGCCAACCCCCAGCAGCCGUCCACCGGUGAGACGUCGGGCGGUGGUGCGGCAAUCGGCGCGUCAUCCCCACCAGCGUUUGAGGCCUCAGCGCCAGACAGGCCCUAUAAGUGCUCCGUGUGCCACAAGGCAUUUCGACAUUUGUCAGAGCUGACCCGCCACGAGAGGGUUCACACCGGCGAGAAGCCGUACAAGUGUGAGACGUGCGACAAAAGCUUCAGCCAGUCUUCUCACCUAGCCCAUCACCAGCGCACGCACAGCUCGGAGCGGCCGUACAAGUGUGCCGUCUGCGAGAAGAGCUUCAAGCACCGCUCCCACCUCGUGCGCCACAUGUACGCCCACUCAGGCGAGCACCUGUUCAAGUGCAAUUUGUGCGAGAUGCACUUUAAGGAGUCGUCCGAGCUCCUGCAUCACCAGUGUCAGCCAAUAGGGGAAAGGCCCUUCCGCUGCGGCUCGUGUGGGAAGAGCUUCAAGCGUCCCUCUGACCUGCGGCAGCACGAGCGAACCCACUCCGAGGAGCGGCCCUUCCAGUGUGAGGAGUGUCAGAUGAGCUUCAAACAGCAGUACGCCCUCGUGCGUCACCGCCGUACCCACAAGAACCCCGCCGACCGGCCCUUCAAGUGCAACCUGUGCGACAAGGGCUUUCUGCAGCCGUCUCACCUGCUGUACCACCAACAGGUACAUGGCAUGGAGAGCCUGUUUAAGUGUGCGUCCUGCCAGAAGUCUUUCAGCCAAUCGGGAGAGCUGCUCAGGCACAAGUGCGGUGGUGAGGUGGAAAAGCCCUACAAGUGCGACGUGUGCGGCAAAGGAUACAAGAAAAACUCGACGCUGCAGCGCCACCAGAACUCCCACUGCACAGACAAGCCUCUCAAGUGCUCCCUGUGUGACAAGCGCUUCGUCUCCUCCUCGGAGUUCGUCCAGCAUCGCUGCGACCCGAUCCGGGAGAAGCCACUGAAGUGCCCCGACUGUGAAAAACGCUUCAAGUACUCCUCGGAGCUGCAGCGCCACCGCCGUGUCCACACGGGGGAGAAACCUUUUAAGUGCGCAAGCUGCGAUAAGAGCUUUAAGCAGCGUGAGCACCUGGCCAAGCACCAGAGUGUUCACUCGCGAGAAACCCAGUUCAAAUGUGUGUGGUGCGGCGAGCGUUUUGUUGACCUGACGGCCCUACAGGAGCACACAGUCCAGCACACCGCCGAGGGGGAUAGCUUCCCGGCAGCCCCCUGCAUCCCUUGAGCAACACUGCGCAGUGCCCUGGAGUCCAUGGGCCCCGGGCAGGGACAUGUGGUGCGUGGCCUGCUAGGCACGCCGUGCCAGACACCGCUGACCCAUUUGUAGCUUAAAACAUGCACCCAUUAUUGAGUCUGAUAUUUAUUGCCAACUGUUGACUCUGUCCAUGGCAUAGGAUCCCCUCCUCCACAGGGAUGAGUACUGAUGUCUUGGCCAUGUGCUUAACUUUUGAAGCCGUGGAAAAACGUAAAGAGUAAAACUUUUUUUUUAAAGGCAUGUCAUGAAAAAUGAGGGAGGACCUUGAUUUGUUUGAAGCGAGCACAGGGCCGUGCUCCGUAGUUACAUGUAGUUUUGUGUAUUGUUUAUCCACUAUUGAGGAAGACAGAGAAGGUCCCGCACAGGAGUCUGCAAGGUCUGCUCAUCUGUGAGCUCCGGAAUUCCAUGUGCCUUUUUACCAAUUAUUUCCUUUGUAAAUAACCAUUUUCAUUUCAUGUGAAAGAGCUCAGAACCCUCCACCACCACUACCCCCCCCCCAACACAGUGGCGUCCUCUCACAUAGAUCUAGAUGUUCUUGCAUGAAUAUUUAUCAUAUGUUAACAUCACUGUUGUGUUUUACAAGAUUUGGUUAUUUAGGAACACAAGUGAUGAAGUAGGAAAAAAAAAACAAGUGGAAUUGUGAAACUGUAUAGCCUGUGUCCAAUUAAGUCUGUGUUGUUGCAUCUUUGUACUAAAAUAAAUGACAUCAAGGUAACUUACCCAUACCAGUGAUGUCACACACUCAAUGUGCAGUAGAACAUGCACAGUGUAAUAUUAUGACUACUGAGUAAUGGCAUAGUCUUCUGUUUGUUAUGAAAUAUUAUAGAUUGUGUGUAAUAAGCUCAUGUAAACAUUACAAAAUGUAUAUUGCUUCUGUUACCUGCUUUUCCAGUCACAAUGAAUGAAGUUGCUGAAUUUUGCAAGCACAAAUAGAUGAUUACAUGACUGUAUGACAGACUUGUUAUUCUUUUUGCUCACUUGCCAUUAAGUAGAGGCAUUAGUUACUGUGCGAUACCUAUACCCUGAGUAAUGUUAUUUUCCUCUAGAUGAAUUGGCUUUGGUAUGCUGAAUAUCAACCAGAUUCCAGCCACCUUCGGUCCAGAUGAGAGGGUCAUCAUGUUCUCUGUUGCCUCAAAGUUGUGACAUUUUUGACGGUUUAUGCUGAGGAUUUUAAUCAAAGGUGUAUUUAAUUUACUGUGUGAAGUCCGGAUUCUCUCUGGUAUAGCUAAAAGACCAUAUUUUUUAAAAAUUUCAAGUAACCUGACAAAGAGGGCACUUCAUUGGAUCUUUCAAUACUUUCUCUGCAGCAAUGCUCCUGCAUGAGUUUCAGUCCUCCUAGUGCAUCUGCUUCAGCGUCCCCCUCUCACUGGGGAGUAAAGUGUUUUAUAGAUUAGAAUAUAUACAAAUAUAUGAAUAAAAAUAUAUACUACAUCAUGUUCAUACUGUACACAUACGGCAAUUAAAAUAAAUCACACUACCAACAAAGUCAACUGUGUUCGGUUUUCAAUUUAGCUCAUGCUGCCAUGUGGCUGUGGCUGUUUGUCCAGGACAGCUCACAUUGUCAUUGCAAAGAUUGACUCCAACUAAUAACACGGGACAAGAAUUGAUUCUGCCAGGCAGCCUGGAAAAGGAGAUUUCGGGUCAAUGCUUUUUAGGUCGGUGUUGACAAGAGUAGAGGCAGGAGGAGAGUUUAAAAGAUGGGUUUGCUGACAGUAACCUGGAAGCAACAUGACACGAUAAUGAUACUGUACUGUAGCUGGGAAACAGGAUCCAGAGCCUAAACAAUAGAUUACACAUGUGUGCAUCCACUCGAGUAAUUCUUUUUAUACACCAUUCCAAGUUUAUGAACAAACCCCCUUCAUUUAACAUUGAGUGAAUUUGCAGCAGCAUUCAAAAGGCAGCCUACAUGCAACAUAUGUCCCCUAGACGCCUUUGCUUCAAUUACAAUGCAGGAAACUGAUCUGUCUGUAGUCUACCUAGGGGGGUUUUCACUUAUUUCACUUUUCUUCUUCUUCGUUAUAUUGUUUCUUCUUCGUGGUUUGUUAAUUUCCCUGGAAUUGCUUUUGUCGCUUGGAAAAACUUGUAACUGUCCUUGCAACGCUGCCCCCCCCUGUACCCGCAUUCAUUGUAAUUUUGGUUUUUUGACACGAUGUUCUUGUUUGCAACUGUUGGUCAA